AUGUUUCCAGGCCAGGGCUAUUGCUGGUUCGAAGAGCUCUCGGCCCCAUUUGAAGGUUGCAAGAAGGCCUUUUCAAGGCUUGAGAAUCUCAAGAUUCACUUGCGGAGCCACACGGGCGAGAAGCCCUAUUUGUGCCAGCACCCAGGCUGUGAGAAGGCGUUCAGUAACUCCAGUGACCGUGCCAAGCACCAGAGGACACAUCUGGACACUAAACCUUAUGCUUGUCAAAUUCCAGGAUGCUCCAAACGCUACACAGACCCAAGCUCCCUCAGAAAGCACGUGAAGGCACAUUCUUCCAAAGAUCAACAAGCGAGAAAAAAGUUGCGGUCCAGCACAGAGCUACAUCCCGACCUUCUCACAGAUUGCCUCACCGUGCAGCCCCUGCCCUCGGCCACUUCCCCGCGAGAUGCCGCUGCCGACAGUGCGGUGGGACGCUCCCCGGGGCCCGGGCCUGACCUCUAUCCAGCCUCGGUCUUCUCCAGCAGUCACUCGAGCCGAAGCGGAGCCCCGCACACUGUCGGUCACCCUUCUCCGGGACACAGCGUGCAGGGGAGCCCCCACCACCCCGCCCCCCAGCUACCCCCGCUCGCGGCCGUGGACGCGGGAGCCGACAGGUUUGUACCUUCUGCCCCGUCCCCUCACAUCAGCCCCCGGAGGGUUCCAGCUGCUUCUUCGGUCAUGCAGAGGACGCAGCCCCCCCACCCCCAGCAGCCAGCGGGCGCGUCGCACCUGAAGUCUUACCAGCCAGAAACAAAUGCUUCCUUUCAACCAAAUGGAAUCCAUGUUCAUGGAUUUUACGGGCAGCUCCAGACCUUCUGCCCCCCACAGUACCCGGACCCCCAGAGAGCCGUGCUGCCCAGCAGCUCGUGCAGUGUGGUGCCUUCCUUCGAGGACUGCCUGGCCCCCACGCCCAUGGGGCAGGCUGGCUUUGACGUGUUCCACAGGGCCUUCUCGGCUCACUCGGGCAUUGCAGUGUAUGAUUUGCCGUCGGGGUCCCCCGGCCUCUUCGGGGACUCUGUGCGUGGCGGGCCUGAAGACGCCACGUUCUUGCAGAUCAGCGCUGUGGACCGCUGUCCUAGCCAGCUCUCCUCUGUCUAUACCGAAGGCUAAAAGCUCCCCUGGCCUCCACUACCACUGGCAUCCGGAACCUUUUCGUCGCUCGCCACCCUGUACUCUCACACCCUCACUGACUGCGCGAAGAGGAUGCCAGCCGCUUCCGUGGAACCUGCAAAGUCCCAGGCGUGUCUCUGGAAGGCGGGACUGGUCAGGGCCGGCCGGCCCAGGGCUGCGUGUGGUUGCUGCUCUGUCUGGAUUUGCUGGUGGCCCACAGGACUGUCUCUUCAAAGGGAAUUUAGAGUCACUCUGCCGGACACCUGUUCCUUCCAGCUGUCCGCUCUCAAAGGACACCAGUGAAAUGACGCACACGUCAAAGUGUAGUUCGGGGACCACCCUCGCACAGAACUCCAAGUAGGGAAGGAAAACCCAAGUUGCCAGAAGCACAGAGAACUGCCUCGCCCCGUACGCAUCCUCCCCAUGGGCUCCGGCAGGACCCGAUGAGGGAAAUCUGCAUCCAAAGCACCGCUUGGGCUCAGCCCGCGGAGGAGCCCCCCCCCCCAUCCUGGCACUGCACCGGCCUGGCACCCCGGCGAGCUGGUGCCUCUCUGCUCUUCCCGUCCCCGUGCUAACCAGUCGCUUUUCAGUAUUUCUCCAGAAGCAAAAUGAGGUUCUAUCAAGCACAGUCCCUUAAAAGGCACUACAACCUGUUUUAUAUUCCAGCAACUUAUCUUAGUUCUUUUAUGCUAAAGACUUGUUAUUUACAUCUACUUUUAAAGGAAGAAAAAUAUUUAGAGGUCUGUUCUUUGGAUGGAAAUAGUUAUCUUAAUCACGCCAGCUACAUCCAUUUUAGCCACAGCCCGUGGCCCCUCCUGGUCCCACCUCGCAGCGCCUGGGAGCCCCCCCAGAGUCGCAGUUUUGCAUUGAGCGAAAGGCACCGGCGGGAAGUGGGUGGGCCCGACCCCUUCCCAGUGCCGUAGCAGAAACCCUGGUGGGCUGACUGCGUGAGGCGACUCCACCUCGAAGACCUUGUUCAGUGGAAAAGAUCACUUGACUCGUUGACCCUUCGCCUCCGCGCGGGGAAUGCCGCGCCCAGGUCGUGCUAGAAGAUGUGGAACAGGGACACGCCGAGUUGAGAUCCUGGGCUCUCUCAAAAAACCACACGAGAGGUGCCUGAUGUCCAGUUACUUUGCACAGCCUCUGCUCGCCUCCGUUAGGAUGUCCACUCAUCCGUCUGUCCCUCCCCCGUACUCUCCUCUCCCUCCUCGCUCUUGUCACCUUCUUCUCUGUUCCCGCUCGCCCACCGCCACUGCCUGAGCACCCUUGGCAAGGUCUUCCCAGGGAGCAGGUAGAGGGAAGGCUGGGGCAGCAGAUGUUCGCUUUUUUCAUGUAACUCUAGCCUGGAAUUUCCACAGAGCUCUUGGUCAUUUGAUAGCAAACCUGAAUAGGAAGCCACUUUCUGUGAUGCGUUUACAAAGCUAUUCAAAAAGAUCUUAAGUCGUUCGCGUAAGGCCGUAAAAAUUAGCCACACCCCAGGGACCCCCUGGUAAACUCUGGCGUUCCAGAACUAUCGCGUUUCAACGUUUCUUUUUUCUGUCCUUAAGAAUGGGUUCUGAACACAAUUGAAACAAUGUGGUUUGUCCAACUGGGAUCGUUACGGUCUUCGAGAAGGGUUAACCAGCUGGGUGUCCCGGGACAGUUUGUAUCCAGACAGACAGGUCCUUCCAGUCGGGCUCGGCAGUCGCUCACGUGCUGCUUGACGCAGACCGGAUCCCAACACGUCACGGAGAGAGGGGACUAAAGAGCCGCGUGUGGGGUCCGCUUUUACGGUGGGCGAGGUCCGCCGACCGCUGAGCUCCGAUCUGAGAAAGGCCAGGCCCGCGAGAGGGCCGAGUUACCCACUUGACAAAGAUCUGCGCUGCUUUCGGAAAGGCUUCCCUUCCAGAUGAGCCCUCGGGCCUCCCCCCCUGCAGACUUUGUGGGUUAGGUCACUUGGCCUAAACGAGGACACGUGCGUGCUACCUGCCAUCCCUUGCGUGUCCUUUGUCACACUCUGCAAAGGAAGGUAGAGAUCCGGUGUCUUUAGGGAGACAGCGCGGCCAUUCUCGAACGCUGAGGCCUGCGUGGGGAACUCAGAACGUUCUUCAUGUGUGAGAUGAGGGAGGGAGAAGCUGACAAAAAGCAGGGUUAAUGCAGUGAUGCCUCCGUGCCUCGCGGCUUUUACAUGAUUUACGGGGAGGGAGGGAAGGAAGGCGAAGCCAGAGGCUGAACCUCACAAACCCCUGGGUGUCAUCGUCUUCUUUGCCUGGGGGACAUGCCCCUGUGCCUGCCUCUGGUGUUAGCCUGGCCUCAUGGUGGCCCUGUCGCUGCUUGUGGGGGGAGGGGACAGCAGCACCUCAGGGCCUCCUCCCUCAGCAGGGACAGAAGCCAGUCCCCCCCCCGCCCCCCCACCAAGGGACCUUGGUGUUAGCAGAGGGAGCGCACGGGAAGCAGAGUCAAGUGCGACCCGCGAAGUCAGCUGCCCCCUCACAUACCCGUCAAGCGUAUCCCAGGGGCUGCGGGUUGGAGUCGGGGCCUCAGGGCACGACACAUUCGGGUUCCUUAUAGACGGCACAGGCUGUCCUUAGAGUCCAGAGUCUCCCUGACCUUAAAAUCUGCCCCUUGCUUGCUUCCAGUGUCGUGCCAGAUUUAUAUCUGCAUUCAUCAUCAUGUCUGUAGCAGUGAAAAUAGAAACUUCGAGAAACUCACUCCCUUCCAUUUCCUGGCCUUUUUAGUCUCGAUAUUGUAACCAUUUUCAUCAACAUCUGAGCAGAGAUUGUCAUUCCCCUGUUUUGAAAAAAACUGGUGAAAUACACACAGCGCAAAGCCAAUUAUCCUAUUACAUUAAAAAAAAAAUCAGUCUGCUUAGAGACAUUUCAUUUGCUGCAUUGUCUUAAUUCCCUAAAGGGACCAUUUCAAAAUGUCAGUUGUAAUUUAGCCUCUGAUCGGCCGUUAAAUAUUAUUUAAGUAUUUGCUGGUCCUGUGGGGUGUCUCCCUUUAACCACGUCUCCCCCAAAUUGCACAGGUGACUCGAAGUGGACGGAAGGCCUUCAGGGGACCCCCUGAUAGAACAGGGGUGGUGUGGUUCUGUCGUGUUUCACUUACCAGCUGUCGAGCACAUUAGUGUACUCGAGCAGAGGUAAACGUUCAACUCCCCUGUCUGUCCCAGAACCUGGACUUUCCAGUUGUCUUGAAGUAUUGGGAAUAGUGACUGUAAAUGUCCAAUUCAAUUAUUUGCUAUUUUAUUUGUCUGUUUUGACCAUGUCAUUUUAUAGCAGCAUUUUUAAUGGCACUUUUUGUUGGUGGUGUGGAAUUUCUGCGGUUACCUUUUUUUUUUUUUUUUUGCAAUGGAUAAAGAAAAAAAAAAAAAAAAGAAGAAGAAGAAGAAAAGAUUUAUUUUGUACAGACAGCAGAACAUCCUGUGUAAUGUUGCUGACAUAAAGCACUUUGGGGGGGGGGAGUGGAAAUCUGUUUUCCAUAAAUCACACAGACUCUUGUACAUAGUUAUAUACACUCACGUAGAGAAAUGAACUGCGUAUAUCAAACUGGAUAUGGGGCCGAUUUUACUUUAGGGGCACACAUCUGGUGCUUAUUGUCAUAAAUCUUUUAAAGAAUUAGGUACACUUUUUUUCUAUUAAUAUGUAUAGUUUUGUGAUUUGUCACAGUUAUGUUUCGUAUAAUCAUAAGUUAUUUUGUCUUGUUUCAUGAAGUCCUUUUUUUUUUUAUGUCAAAAGUAAAAUGAAGGGAUUGUGCACUUGGUACAGAAUAAAACUGGAAAUAGGACGCCCACCUGCCUGCAAUCUGCCUUAGGCAUGCCCUUUCAAAACACAAUGGCAACAGCCAUUUUGUUUGUUUGUUUGUUUUAUUGUUUUGUUUUGCCGCAAGCCUCCUUCCUUUAUGGGGAUGGUAAUUAUAAUUAAAAGCAGAUGGGGGUGGGGGAGGGCCGGUGCAAGGCCGGCUUUAAAAUGCCGCCUUGCUCUGGCCCAGAGCUGCAGCCUGGAUUUAAUUAUAGAUAUGAGGAUGAAAUGGCAGUAAAAAUGAUGUGUCCCCGAGUCCUUUACAUGUUGGGAGUGUCCAUAAAUAAAACAUGAAGUUUUAUUUCAUCAGAUUUAAUUAAAGCUUUUAUACAUG